AUGACAAUAACUGGACAAUUAUUAAUACCGCGUCGGUCAAAGCCUCACGCUCACGCGCUUCAUUGCAAUUCCCUAUUAAGCUCUGCCAUCAGGUUAAGCAAUUUUAAAUUGCCUGUCCAGAUGGCACACUUUUAUCAUGUCACUACUCAGAAACCUACAGCAGUUAUACAAACGUGCACAGGCCACUUUACUGGACCGGAUGACCUAAAUUUGAUUAUCUGUAAAAAUACUCUGAUAGAAGUUUUUGAAGUAACUUCUGAGGGCUUGAAGCUAAUAAGGGAUGUUCCCAUUAAUGCAAGAGUCGUUGCUGCUCAUAUGUUUAGGAGAAAGGAUAAAUUAAUCGAUUCCCUUUUCCUUUUGACGCACAAAGCUGGUGUCGCCAUAAUUGAAUGUGUAAAACACAAUAAUAUGAUAGAUUUUAUUACAGUUGCUGCCGGAAGUAUUGAGGAUCGCGGAUCAAGGAUUAUUGACAGUGGUUUUGGCGUAUUAGUCGAUCCCGACGCCAAUUUUAUCGUUAUUAGAUUCUAUCAUGGUCUCUUAAAAGUGAUUUCUUUGCAUUGCAUUCGAGAUAGAAUCGGUACUUCAGAGGUUUUGGAUGCCAACCAAUGGACUGUAAACACAUACAGUGUGCGAAUGCAUGAGGGAAACAUAGUCGAUAUGGCUUUUUUAUAUGACUACGCUCAGCCUACGUUUGCAAUGAUUUAUGAAGAUGAACUUGUCCUCCAUAUGCGUACCUACGAAAUAUGCGGGCGUGAACCAGCACUCAAAAAUGUUCAACCUACGCUUGACUCUAUCGAACCUGAUUCGAAACUUUUAAUUCCUGUCCCAAGGCCUUAUGGAGGAGUGAUUAUUGUUGGCGAUAAUAUAAUAUGCUAUCAUACCAAAGAUGGACCUCAUAUUUCCCAAUAUAUUCCUCAAGCAAAGGCUAGCCAAGUUUUGUGCUAUACUCGAGUCGAUGCGCAGCGCUACCUCCUAGGUGACAUGGCUGGACGGCUUUAUAUGUUACAUCUACUUUCAGAGGAUGCAGCAACUAAUCCCAAUAUUAUGGCCCAAUCUACUAUUUCUACUGCUUCAUCUACUUCUUCUUCCACAAUAGCUGCUGGAGGGUCACCGCACCGCAUUGGCUCGAUUAGGAUAGAAUUGCUCGGUUUGCAUCUUAUCUUUAUGCUCAAAUCCCCGCGUAGUCACCAUUAA